AUGGGCUGCUCUGGAGGUUCUGGGGGCUGUGCGUCCUGCUGUGGAGGCUGCAGUGGAGGCUGUGGAUCUGAGUGCUGUGUGCCCGUGUGCUGCACGACUUGCUGUAAGCCAGUGUGCUGCAGCUCUGGUUGCGGCAAAGGAGGCUGUGCAUCCUGCGGAGGCUCCAAAGGAGGCUGUGGUUCUUGCGGAGGCUGUGGCUCCUGUGGAGGCUGUAAAGGCAGUUGUGGCUCCUGUGGAGGCUCCAAAGGAGGCUGUAAAGGUGGUUGUGGGUCCUGUGGAGGCUCCAAAGGAGGCUGUGGCUCCUGUGGAGGCUGUAAAGGCAGUUGUGGCUCCUGUGGAGGCUCCAAAGAAGGCUGUGGCUCUUGCGGAGGUGGCAAAGGAGGCUGUGGCUCAUGCGGAGGCUGUGGUUCCUGCGGCCAGUCCUGCUGCUGUGUGCCCUGCUGCUCCCAGACCAGCUGCUGCGUGCCCUGCUGUGCGCCCUCCUGCUGCCCGCCCAGCUGCUGCGUGCCCUGCUGCUGCCAGGCCAGCUGCUGUAAGCCCCCCUGCUGCCAGUCCGGCUGCUGUGUGCCCUGCUGUGCCCCCUCCUGCUGUCAGCCCAGCUGCUGCGUGCCCUGCUGCUGCCAGUCCAGCUGCUGUAAGCCCCCCUGCUGCCAGUCCGACUGCUGUGGGCCCUGCUGUAAGCCCCCCUGCUGUGCCAAGGCCAGCUGUGGUGCCCCCAUCUGCUGCCAGUGUAAGAUCUAA